AAAAAAAAGUCCCACAAGAAGCUGAUGACUGGAUAUCCGCUGUGUUAUUGGAAAAAGGGCUGGAGAUAAGGGACUGACUGCAGUGGGUGCUGCUGUUUGGAGAGCCCGGUGACUCUGAGGAGGAGGAGGAGGAGGAGGAGAGAGAGAGGGAGCUGUGCGCACUCUUCCCGGCAGAGUGCGUCCCGCUCCACACACACACACGCUCACACACAAACACACAUCGGGGUCACUCUACUUCCAGGCAGCGGACUCUCUCUCUCUUGAACAUCGCACAUGAACAGUGGUGACGGACGCGAGCAGACCAGUCCUACCUGCGCACCAUCAGCGUGCGUCAAAGAAACUCUGCCUGUUUCUUUGUCUAAUUGUUUCCUCCGCGGUUUUUCCCCCAUAGCCGGUGCCUUUUCUUUCCUUUUUUCUCUCUUUUUCUUUUUUGGAUUACGGAGAAAGAACAAGCAGCGUGCGCAGCGCGCAACUCCUCCAAAAUCAUGGAUUUAUGGAUAAAGUUGAUGUUGUUGUACAGCUGCUGCUUUGGAGCAAGUGCAGACUUUGACGGCAGGUGGCCACGGCAGAUGGCCUCAUCCAACGGCCUGUGUCGAUAUGGAGCCAGGGUGGACUGCUGCUGGGGAUGGACGCGACGCUCCUGGGGUCACUGCCAGCCUCUCUUCGCCUUAACUCACAGAGUAGCCCGGAUAAGGUGCCAGCCUCAAGCUCUGUGUCAGCCUGGCUGUAAGCAUGGAGACUGCGUGGGACCCAAUAAAUGCAAGUGCCACCCCGGCUUCACUGGCAAGACCUGCAAUCAAGAAGAAGAGGUGGACUAUUUAACCCCACCAGUGUGGGCCAGUCACCUUCCUCUCUUUUUCCCUGUGGAUCAUCAGCCGGCGAGAGUAGUGACGGAGGAUCUGAAUGAGUGUGGGCUGAAGCCGAGGCCUUGUAAACACAGGUGCAUGAACACAUAUGGGAGUUACAAGUGCUACUGCCUCAACGGCUACAUGCUGAUGCCUGACGGGACCUGUGGAAAUGCUCGCACUUGUGGCAUGGCCAACUGCCAGUACGGCUGCGAGGUGCUGAAAGGAGAGGUCCGAUGUCAGUGUCCAUCGCCGGGGCUACAGCUGGCUCCAGAUGGAAGAACCUGCAUGGAUGUUGAUGAGUGCACAACGGGAAUAGCGGUGUGCCCCAGGUUCAGGAAAUGCAUCAACACCUUUGGUAGCUACAUCUGCAAGUGCCACGAAGGCUUUGACCUGCAAUACAUCAAUGGGAAAUACCAGUGCAUAGAUGUGGAUGAGUGCUCUUUAGGUCAGAGCCACUGCAGCAGCUCCGCCACCUGCUACAACACGCCAGGCUCAUACAAGUGCAAAUGCAAGGACGGCUACAGGGGGAUGGGCCAUGACUGCAAACCCAUUCCCAAGGUGGUUAUUGACCCCCCGAGACCAGGCAAACUGCCUCCAAAUCAUCACAACCGCAUCCCCGACAUGGAUCAGAAAAGAACCACCACCACCAAACACCCACCGGUGACUCAAAAGAGAAUCUUCCCCGUUAUUCCCAAAUCGACACCCUCCGCCACAACUACGACAACCACAACGACGACCAGAGCACCUCUGCCUCCAAAGAGGGUGACCCCUCCUCCACGUAAGCCGGCAGUUCCCACCUGGAAGCCUUUUAUCCCAACCAAGAAGCCAUCGGUACCCACGCACAAACCCUACGUCCCACCAAGGCCGGUGGCUCCCACUAGACUCCCCCCAACGCCACCACCACUCACACCAGUAGACAACACCAUCCAGAAGGAGGUCACCAAACAAAGAGGGGAUGUACACAUCCCUCGGAACCACGACCAUAACACCGUCCUCGGCAUUGACUUUGACAUUGAGCUCGGCAACACGGCGGAUGAAGCAAAGGAUGACCCAGAGGCGGGGUAUCUGAGCUGCUCCUUUGAUGAUGGUCUGUGCGGAUGGAUCAGGGACAAAGAGGGAGACCUGCACUGGGAGACGACGCCCGACCCAUCUGGUGGACGGUACCUCACCAUUCCUGAGGUAAACAACAAGAGGACUGGGCGAGGGGCCAGGCUGGUCCUCCCUCUCACCUCACCCUGGAACGAUGGCAAUCUGUGCCUGUCGUUCCGGCACAAGCUGGCAGGCCACCACGUGGGUAUGCUGCAAGUGUUUGUGAAGAAGGGAAAGCAGUACAGUCCAGCAGUCUGGGGCCGGACAGGUGGAAAUGGCUGGAGACACACUCAAAUCACAUUAUGGGGCAAAGGCCUGGAGAGUGUGAUCCUGAAGGGGGAGCGUGGGCGAGGCAGGAGCGGCGAGAUGGCUGUGGACGACAUCACCCUGAGGAAAGGCUCCUGCACAGAGGAGCACAAUCUGAGGAGACUCUGACUGACAGAAGAGAGAAAGGCAGAAAGAAAACAAGGGGGAGAAUCAUCUCAAAGAGAACUGACUCUGUUGUGACAGCCCCUCACUCUGCCUGGGCUCUCGCUGAUCCCCUACCAACCCUCCUCCGACCGUCCUUGCUCCUCCCAGUCAUCCUGCAAAUGAUAUCCAAAAAAAAAUCCUGCAGAAAAGUGGGUCUCUCUUUUUCGACUGUCCAUGAAUAAAAAGACUGAAUCGAAUGUCAUGGGUGGAUGCCAGCAUCACUCCCUCUGUCUUCUCAGCUUCCAUCCCCUUGUUACUCUGAAACCUGCAUGUAUCUACUUACCAUGGAAAUGUCCUCUACCUAACACAACCCUGGCAGCCCUCCAGCCACACCGCUGAGAGGCCCACACUCACUUCAUUUCCUUCUGGAGAGAGGAUCGUCCCCUCACUUAUGCGUCUGCUUUUACCUUGCUUUGAUCCUUUAACCACAAGCCAUUACUUUUUUUUAUUUCCCUGAUGUUAAAACAUGUGGUCAGAGUGGCUUUUUGUGACUGUUUUGAUCAGCAAAAUAUCAGAGAUGGUAUAAAUUUCUCUGAGGGUUAGAGAUGGAAAAAAAAAAUUA